AUGUGAGGCUGGAGUAAGGCCAUAGUUCUGACUGACUGAGACUCACCUGCUCCUGUGCCCUGUCCUCUCCAUUCCCCAGCAUGGUGUAUCUGUGGUUCCCCGGAGGCUCCUGGACAGCAACUCUGACAGUGAUAUUGAUGGUGCUGAGCCCUCCUCUGGCCUGGGCCAGGGACACCCCACCACAUUUCCUGGAGUAUCUUAAGGGCGAGUGUCAUUUCACCAACGGAACGCAGCGGGUGCGGCUUGUGAUCAGAGACAUCUACAACGGGCAGGAGAACUUGCGCUUCGACAGCGACGUGGGGGAGUUCGUGGCGGUGACCGAGCUGGGGCGGCCGACCGCCGAGGCCUGGAACAGCCAGCAGGACUUCCUGGAGCGGAUGCGGGCGCAGGUGGACACGGUGUGCAGACACAACUACGAGGUGUUUGAUAACUUCCUGGUGCAUCGGCAAGCUGAGCCUACAGUGACUGUGUAUCCUGCAAAGACCCAGCGCCUGCAGCACCACAACCUCCUGGUCUGCUCCGUGAAUGGUUUCUAUCCAGGCGACAUUGAAGUCAGGUGGUGGCGGAAUGGCCAGGAAGAGGAGGCUGGGGUCGUCUCCACAGGCCUGAUCCGUAAUGGAGACUGGACCUUCCAGACCCUGGUGAUGCUGGAAACAGUUCCUCAGAGUGGAGAGGUCUAUACCUGCCAAGUGCAGCACCCAAGCCUGACGAGCCCUAUCACAGUGGAAUGGAGGGCACAGUCUGAAUCUGCACAGAGCAAGAUGCUGAGUGGCGUCGGGGGCUUCGUGCUGGGUCUGCUCUUCCUCGGGGCGGGGCUAUUCAUCUACUUCAGGAAUCAGAAAGGGCACCCUGGACUUCAGCCAACAGGACUCCUGAGCUGAAGUGGAGAAGGGGACACUCAGAGAAGAGCCUUCUGGCCCAGCUUCUUCGCAGCAUGAAAAGGUUUCCUGCUUGACUCUGAUUCCACAAAGAGAGGCUUCCUCGCCAUCUGGUUUGCUCCUGGUUCAGUGACUCUGCAAAAAUCGCCCCCCCCUCUUGGCUUCCUCAAUCCUCACCCUUAACCUGGAAGUCCCCAAUAUUGAUUGCAGUCCCUUAUCCUCAUUCAUUCCUGGUUCCCUUUGCAUCUCACUGUCCCCUGUGCAUCUGAUCUCACCUUCUGCGCACAUUACUUUAUAACAUUUUUCUUAAAUAAAUAUGGAGUGAAAAUCA